UACACGUUCGCCGUCAUGCCAGAUCACGCGGGGCGUCAAGCUCUGCACAGACUGUGCGACUCGGUGAGCGGCGCGAACUGGCGCCCGACGCGGUUCGAGGACGAGUUCACGUUGAGUCGCUACGCCUGCUGCACGUGUCACGUCAUUCCAAGCACGACGGUGCUGCUGCCCUGUUCACAUGCUCUUUGCGAGCAAUGCCUGACUGGGUGUGUCAUCCAAGAUGGCGGGAGCGUCUGUCCUCUGGACGCCGAGCCCUUCUGCGAGGACGAAUGCCUGCGGUGGCAGCUUCCAGCCAGGAAAAAGCAGAACCUGAAGGCUCACUGCUGGAAUGAGGCUGACGGUUGCCAAUUCGUUGGCACCAUCGAAGCGGUGUUGCUGCACUACGACCGGGAAUGCACCUUUCAUGCCGUCCAAUGUCGAAACUGUGAACAAAGGCUACUACGAACGGAUAUUGCAGCACACUACGCUUCCGGGUGCUGCCAGAAUGCUUCUUGUGCAAGAAAUGCGCAGUCAAACAGGGAAAUUAGUUCACCUGCAAGUUUUGAGACGAACGUUGUUCUGGACAAGUUCUCAACACUUGAGAGAAAAAUAAACGAAGUUUUGGAAGUAUGUAGCGCAUCGAACUCUGCCCGUUCGCAGGACAUCAGCCAUGCAGUAGGCGCCUUUGAGAAUACUCUUCAGCGUAUAAUGGAAGGAAUCGAAGAAAACAUUUCCACCAUGAUCACUCGACAACUUACCGCCGGUCUGCAAGAACUGAAGGCCGCGACCACGGUCCUUUGCAGUGAUCACCUGGCAUCUAGUCAGAGUCAAAUGAAUGAAUUCGUUGAACAGUUGAGGCAGCGCGAUGGGUCCCAGAUACAGGAGAUUGGGUCCGUGCUGAGAGACUCCCAAGUCGAAGUCAAGGAAGAAGUGAAGAUCCAGUUAGAGAAAACAGUGUCUCUGCUAAUAGCGUCAAAAUGCGACGUGAAGCAGAACGUGAGGACCCAGUUAGAGGAGUUUGUUCAAGAGAUGAGGAACUGCGUUGGUGUCUUGAAAGAACAUGGCAUGAUAGGCGCAUUCGCCGUCGAAGUGCAGCAGUACGUCUUCGAUGGUGCCUACGAAUUUGCAGCCAUCAGCCUCAUUCCAGCAGUGAGCCUGUAA